AUGACAUUGGAGGAAGUUAUUCUUGUUGCUGUUCAAUUAUUUCCUCUGCAUGGGUUGAAAACUCAAAGUCUACAAAUUUUAAACGGUAAGGUAGUAUAUGUUGUUGUCGUAAAUCUUAUAAUUGAAAUUGUGCAAGUAAUUCCUGUUGUAGAUCCUGUUGUAGAUCCCGUUCUAGAUCCUGUUAAAGUUGUUGUAUCUUUUGUAGAUGCUACUGAAGAAGACGGUAUUGUAGUGCUACUUGUUGUCGAUAAAGGUGGUUGA